AUGAGCAACAAUGACUCGGCCCUCAUGGCUAAAAUAAUAUAUUAUUGUCAAGAAAAGUACUUCCGACAUGUGCAGAAUGCGGCCUCAGAAGGCUUAGAGAAAUUCAGCAACGACUCUGUUCUGCAGUUCUUCAAGGCGUACGGCCUCCUACGGGAAGAACAUAUACAAGAUGCCAUCGGCGAACUAGAGACCCUCAAGAGCCACCCCGACGUGUCCCUGUGCUCACUCAUGGCCCUCAUUUAUGCUCACAAGCGCUGUGAGACCAUCGAUCGAGAGGCUAUUUCAGAACUUGAAAACUGCCUAAAGGAAACCCGGAAAACUGCUGGUGUGAAUGCCUUGUAUUAUGCAGCCUUGUUCCUAUGGCUGAUGGGUAAAAAUGAGAAAGCCAAGGAAUAUGUGGACAGGAUGCUGAAGGUGACCAGCGGAUCCAGAGAGGGCUUUGUUCUCCGAGGCUGGGUGGACUUUACAUCUGACAAACAGCACACCGUAAAGAAGUCAAUCAAGUACUUCGAUCAAGGGAUUCGAGACACCAAAGAUGUGUUGGGCCUGAUGGGGAAGGCAAGCUAUUUCAUGAUGCAACAGAAUUACUCGGGUGCCCUGGAAGUUGUUAAUCAAAUAACAGUCACGUUUUUUAACUUCAUCCCAGCCUUUAUCCUGAAGAUGAGACUCUUCUUGGCCCAGCAAGACUGGGAGCAAACUGUCGAAACGGGACUCCGAAUCUUAGAAAAGGAUGAUAAUAAUAUCGACGCCCGUCAGGUUCUGGCCGUACACGAGUUUGCAAGGGAAGGCGACGUCAAUGAAGUAAGUUCUCUUAAGUCACAGAUAGCAAUUAGUCACGUGAGAAAUCUGAUUAAGGCUCUGGAGACCAAGGAACCCCAGAACCCAAGCCUCCACCUCAAGAAGGUCACGGUCAUUAGUCGGCUGUGCGGGAAGCACCAGAUGAUCCUGCAGCAGAUCUACAGCUUCAUCGAGCGCUCCUUCAUGCUGGCGCCUUCGGAUGCCCAGUUUGCCAACGAGCUGGGCUACCAGCUCAUCCUCCAAGAGCGUGUGAAGGAGGCUUCCAUGUGGUACACGGAGGCCAUGAAGCUGGACGAGAGCAGCAUCGCCGCCCUCACAGGCAUUAUUUGGUGCCAAAUUCUGGAGGGCAACCUGGAGGAGGCUGAACAACAACUGGAAUUCCUAAAGGAAGUUCAACAGUCCCUGGGGAAGUCUGAGGUCCUGACGUUCCUCCAAGCCUUGCUGGCCUCCAAGAAGCACAAAAGCGAACAGGUGGCCACGGCCCUCCUCAAGGAGGCUGCCGAGCUCCACUUCUCCAGCAUGCAGGGCCUCCCUCUGAGCAUCGAGUACUUUGAGAAACUCAACCCCAUCUUCCUGGUGAACAUCGUGAAAGAAUACCUGUUCUUCUGCCCCAAGCAGCCUCGAUCCCCAGGUCAGAUCAUCUCUCCUCUCCUCAAACAAGCCGCAGUGAUCCUGAACCCCGUGGUCAAGGUGGCCCCCGCACUCAUUGACCCGCUUUUCCUCAUGGCCCAGGUGAAGUACCUGUCAGGAGAACUAGAGAAUGCCCAGAGUACCUUACAGCGAUGCCUGGAGCUCGACCCGACCUCUGCUGACGUUCACCUCCUGAUGGCCCAGAUCUAUCUAUCUCAGGGAAACUUCACCAUGUGCUCCCAUUCCUUAGAGCUGGGAGUCAGCCACAACUUCCAGGUUCGAGAUCACCCACUGUAUCACUUCAUCAAAGCACGGGCCCUGAAUAAGUCAGGAGACUACCCUGAGGCCAUCAAGACCCUCAAAAUGAUCAUGAAGCUUCCCACGAUGAAGAAGGGGGAGAACAAGAAAACUCGCAGCUCCUGUAUCCGGCCCAGUGAGCGAGUGUCCAUCUUGCUAGAACUCGCCGACGCCCUGCGGUUAAAUGGAGAGCUGCACGAAGCCACCAAGAUCAUGCAGGACGCCAUCAACGAGUUCAGCGGCACCCCCGAGGAGAUCCGCAUCACCAUUGCCAACGUGGACCUGGCCCUGAGCAAGGGCAAUGUGGAGAUGGCGCUGGGGAUGCUGCGGAACAUCACGCCCAAGCAACCCUACUACACGGAGGCCAAGGAGAAGAUGGCGCACAUUUAUCUUCACACGCGCAAGGACAUCCGGCUCUACAUUGGCUGCUACCGAGAACUCUGCGAACACUUGCCAGGCCCCCACACCAGCCUCCUCCUGGGCGACGCCUUCAUGAACAUUCAGGAGCCCGAGAAGGCUCUGGAGGUGUAUGAUGAGGCUUACCGGAAGAAUCCUCACGACGCCUCCCUGGUCAGCAGGAUUGGGCAAGCCUACGUGAAAACUCACCAGUAUAACAAGGCCAUCAAUUAUUACGAGGCUGCCCAGAAGAUCAGCGGCCAGGACUUCCUGUGCUGCGACCUGGCCGAGCUGCUCCUGAAGCUUAAGAAGUUCAACAAGGCCGAGAAAGUGUUGAAGCAGGCGCUGGACCACGACUUCGUGAAUGACAUCCCUUCCAUGAUGAACGACGUCAAGUGUUUGCUUUUGCUGGCCAAAGUGUAUAAGAACCACAAAAAGGAGGAGGUGAUGGAGACUCUGAACAAGGCCUUGGACAUCCAGGCGAGAAUCCUGAAGCGAGUCCCCCUGGAGCAGCCGGAGAUCCUUCCUUCCCAGAAGCAGCUGGCCUCCUCCAUCUGCGCCCAGUUUGGGGAGCAGCACCUCUCGGACAAGGACUACAUCAAGGCUGUCAAGGCCUAUAAGGACGCCCUGUCCUACUCCCCCAUAGACAACAAAGUAACGCUGGAGCUGGCCCAGCUCUACCUGAUCCAAGGGGACCUGGAUGCCUGCGAGCAUCACUGUGCCGUUCUCCUGCAGAGUGACCAGAGCCACGAGACGGCCUCCGUGAUGAUGGCAGACCUGAUGUUUAGAAAACAGAAAUAUGAAACAGCCAUCAGUCUAUACCGUCAAGUUCUUGAAAAGGCCCCAGAUAAUUUUGCAGUUUUGAACAAACUAAUUGACCUGCUAAGACGGAGUGGGAAGCUUGAAGAUGCCCCAGCCUUCUUUGAACUGUCCAAGAAGGUGUCCAGCCGCAUCCCCCUGGAACCGGGCUUUAACUACUGCAAGGGCAUUUAUUGUUGGCAUGUCGGACAACCUAACGAAGCCCUGAAGUACCUCAACAAGGCCCGCAAAGACAGCGACUGGGGCCAGAGCGCCACCUACAACAUGGUGCAGAUCUGCCUCAACCCAGACAACGAGAUCAUGGGCGGGGAGGCCCUGGAGACCCUCACGGUGGAGAACAGCUCCACAGAGAAGAAGGAGUCUGAGCAGCACGGCGUGCGCACAGCCGAGAAGCUCUUGCGGGAGUUCUACCCGCACAACAAGGAGGGGCAGGAGCAGCUCAAGAUGCUGCAGAGCUACUGCCUGCUGGCCACCAAGGAGAAGGCCAACGUGGAGACGGCCCUCGGGGCCUUCAUCGAGAUCGCCCAGAUAGAGAAAGAAAGUGUCUCCGCCCUCCUGGCCAUGGCCCAGGCCUACAUGAUCCUGAAACAGGUCCCCAAGGCCCGAACCCAACUCAAGAGGCUGGCCAAGGCUCCGUGGGCCCUGGCCGAUGCCGAGGACCUGGAGAAGAGCUGGAUCCUCCUGGCCGACAUUUACUGCCAAAGCGGCAAAUUCGACAUCGCCUCGGAGCUCCUUCGCCGUUGUGUCCAGUACAACAAGUCGUGCUGUAAAGCCUACGAGUACAUGGGCCUCAUCAUGGAGAAGGAGCAGUCCUACAAGGAUGCAGCGAGCAACUAUGAGCUCGCCUGGAAAUACAGCAACCGGGCCAACCCUUCCAUCGGUUUCAAACUUGCCUUCAACUACCUGAAAGAUAAGAGAUUCGUGGAAGCCAUUGAAGUCUGCCACAGCGUCCUGAAGGAGCACCCCAACUACCCAAAGAUCAGAGAAGACAUUCUGGAAAAGGCUCAGGGGUCCCUACGGCCCUAG